AUGCCUGAGCUCUUCGGGCUUCCGCGCGAGCUGCGCGAUAUGAUAUACAUGUCUGUCAUUGCAUGGUCGCUUCCCCAACCACGUCGUGACGAUACUCAAAACCAUAAAUGGCGGCGUAUCCGGGAGUCUGACAGCACACAAUCUGGCGAGUACGGCUGCUCGUAUUCCACAGAGACGAUACCAGGUACAUGUGCCAACCUGCUUGCGUGUAGUCGUCAGAUCAAUCUCGAGCUUACCGAGGCCAUUGAAAGAGCUAAGAGAAGUGGUCUGUUGGUCGCCAAACUGAAUUGCAUUGCGGAUAGUGAGAACACGCACGCAUUUUCCUGGCUUUCAUUACCAAUCGUGACGAACAGGCCAUGCGAGCAAGAGGAAAAGCAUAGCUUGUUACCAUCUUGGGCAGACAGAAUCUUUACCACGCCGCAGAGGAUGUUGAAGCUCGGCAACAGAAGCCCGAUACCAUAUCUUCCACCCUUGACAACUACACUCGACAACCUCUGGAUUGAUAUUCGAAUUCAUGGCAAUCGAACAGCAAAAUGGGAAAACAAUCAAUGCCCACCUGAUCGUACAUCCUGGGCUAUCUGCGCUGCCUUGAAGCGAUUCUUCGACGGCGACGCUCUUAUGCGUCCCAUAAACGCCACUCCUACUCCCGGCCCCUCUUCCAAAAAUAUCAUGAUUGAUGAGCUAAUCCUGAAUGUGGUCUCUCCAUGGGAGCCGAUGACUAUGUGGUUGCCUGAAGACUACCCACUUGACGUGGCGACGUACGGCAUUGUGCAUCCGCGAACUGUGGCGAAAAAGCUUCUGGACAUGUGGAACAUAAUCUGGACUGGCGAAGGCUUCAAGGGUGCGCACUAUCGCGUGCUGCUAGAGAGGCUCAAGAGGGUGAAGAUUUCUGUAGACGGAGAGACUUGGAGAGUUCGAGAGCUUGGUAUGGAGCUAAAGAGGGGGCAGGAGGAGCGUAAGAGGAUCGCUAUGAGAGGAGGAUGGUAA